CUGGGUGUGGGGCUGGUCUCCAUCACCGCAGAGUUCUGCUUCAGUGUGGGGGCAUGCAGGCUCCUCAUGUGCAAUACCGGCAUCCACAGAACCUCGUGUGCGGCCACCUUGGAGCAGAGCAUCAUCCUGACCCGUUGCCACGGGUUACCGUCCCGUUACCUAGCAACGGCCGCCCACAUCAUCAAGAACCAAGGGGUCAGAGUUCAGAACGAAGCUAAGAACCCUAGGAUAGAGGACAACACACCUGCAGGGAUCCCCAGGCUGUACAGUCUGUGCCAAGACAGCGGCAGUCCAGAGGCAGAGGCCAGGAAGCCGACAUGACUAUCACGUGCUGACAGUGUAGCAUCAUCAUCAUCAACAUCAGGCAACCACUGUAUACUGUCAUGACAUGCCUGAAACUGGGUGGUACAUGUACACUACAAAGUAUCUGAUUCCUUCAGUAGUUGUUGUACAACUGAAGGUACAUCAGUUCUUAUAUUAAGCCCACAUGACUAUCACGUGCUGAAAGUGUAGCAUCAUCAUCAUCAACAUCAUCAGUCAACCACUGUGUACUG